CAGUUUCAUCCAGAGGGUGAUGGGUGGCUGGAAGUUGCUGCCUAGUUUGGUGACUGGGGCAGCAAUCCUCAAUUCAUUUAAAAGGAAUGUGGAUCAGCUCCUGAAGCACUGGAAUUUGCAAGGCUAUGGAACAGGUGCUGAAAAGUAGAAUUAGAAUGGGUGAAUAGUUUAUUCAGCUGGAGUAGACAUGAUGGGCUGAAUGGAAUCUUUCUGUCCCAGAACAUUUCUGUGGUUGUAAGUUCCUAUGAUCUGCUCCCAUUGUUCUUUCACAUAAUACAUUCACUGUAAUGUGUUGAGUUUAAAAAAGUUCUGGUCAUCUUUUGCCAGAGUUCUUUGCAGCAAAUCUGAGUUUCUUCGUAUUUACUCUUUCCAUUCGUGUAUCUAAACAUCUUUUAUCUUAGAAGAAUCACCCCAAUUUACUAGUGUUUUCAGGAAGUGGCAUCCCUCAGGUUGGGUAUCGUUCUGUUAUUGCAGUUAAACCUGGUGAAUGGAAGAUCACUUGUGGCCUGCAGUCAAUGUGGUGCUGAUAUUCCGGUGAUGAUUCUGGGCUGGGAAUCCAGUGAUGGUACCCAUUAAUUGGGAUGUGAUUUUCUUGUGAAUUGUUGGCCUGGUUUGCCUGUGUAUCAAGUAACUUGUUGGUAACUCUCUGGGAAAGGAGGACUGGUUGAGAGUAGAUGAAUUGCUCUUGCAGUGAGUUGGCACAGGUACCAGAGAGUUGAGGCCUAUAGAGGUCCAUGGCAGGUUGGCCAUGGUCCCAUAGAAUGACAGGACAGGCUUGUGGGCCAAAUGGCCUACUGCAAAUUCUUAUGUUCUCAUAUAUUCUUACAACAGUGUCCAAGAAAUGAAUCUUUAAUUCCUGGAGACUCUAGGACAAUACUUAAAGGUUGGUAAUCCCAGGGUCCUGAGGCCAAUAGUUAUCCUUUAACCGUUUAUCGCAUCUUCCGGACUGGGAUCUUGCUGUGCACAGUACCGACACACAAACACUGGCUAAAGUCAGCAUCCUGAGGAUGCGAGAGGCGCUGCAGCAAUGCAAGUCUGGGUCAGGCCGGGGCUUCCCUGUUGCUAAGGCGGCGUCCCGCCCACUUCCGGCCAGUGGGACGGCGAAACCUGUCCGGGUGCUUCCGGUCCCGCUUGGAAUGGUUUCCGGGCUCUGCAGAAGGGAGGGGAAUCGAGCUGGGAGUUCCGCCCCCUUCAGCACGGAUCCACCAUGGCCGAGUCCGGCAGUAAAUUUGGGGACAUCCAGCGGUACCUGUCUGAUGGCCGCUUCCCGUCCACCUUCUGCCCGGCCAAGAAAAAGAACCUGAAGCGGUACGCGCAGAAAUUCCAGCUGGAAGGUGGCUGUUUGUACUACGUGGGACCAAAGAAGGAUGAGAAGAGAGAAGUGGUGGCAGAUCGUGAGAAGCGACGACAGAUAUUCCUGGAAUGUCAUUUCUCUGAUAUUGGCUGUCAUCUGGGCCAGAAAAAGACCGCACACAGAAUUCAAAGCCGAUAUUAUUGGUUGGGGAUUGUAAAGGAUGUUGUCGACUGGAUUAAAAUGUGUGAAACCUGCCAGCAUGCAGAACACUACAAGAACGUGAACCGCAAACUCCCACUCUUGAAAGUAACCAGACCGUGGGAAAUUCUCGUCUUUGAUCUCAUUGGUCCAUUCCCAGAAACCACCUGUGGAAAUACCUAUGUACUGAUGGUUACUGACUAUUUCACAAAGUGGGUUGAAGCCAUUCCAAUACAGAAGAAAGAUGCUUUGUCAGUAGCCAAGGGGUUGGCUGCCACUUUUUACAGGUUUGGGGCUUCAAGAGACAUAUUCUCCAGUGAAAGCAGAGUAUUUUGUGAUGAGGUUAACAAAAACCUGUUUGAAAGAUGGAACAUUAAUCACAAAGUGACUCCCGCUGAACACUUGCAGCACGCAGGACUCGAUGACAGAACCAAUGAAAUAUUAAAAGCAGCAAUUAGAAAUACAGUAAAAUCCAAGCAGACCGAGUGGGAUGACUGCUUGGACCCUGUUCUGUUUGAGUUUCGGACAUCAGUAAACUCAAGUACUAAGUUUACACCUUUUUUUCUACUUUAUAAUCGUGAAGCACAGCUGUCAUCUGAGGGAAAACUUGAAAUUGCUCAUGUGUACAGGUCACCAGAAACUUGUGGCAUCAAAACAGAAAGCGUAGACGAGUUUACCAGCUCUGUGAGUGAGCAGCAAAAUGCAGUUAAAGAAAUGGUGAUUGCUAACAUGGCUGCAGCUCACAAACAGGAAAAGAAGAAUGAAAAGAGGAAAGCCAGAAAAGGAACUGGGUUCACUGCCAGCAAGGAAGUGUAUCCAGGAAACACCAACCCAACAACUAAAAAGCACAAGAAAAGUCACUUUGUUUCUUUCCAAAUUGAAACAACCUUGUCCUCCGAGCACAGUGUGAACAGUGGGGUGGCGUGAAAUGACUUUUCGUUGAUAUAUGGCCCAGCAACUGAAGGAGAGAAACUUUACAAAUGGAUCCUCCUUGGAAUGGCAUUUCAACAAUGGUGUAAGGAACAGUGAGAAAUUGAACACAGCCCUGAGACUCAGUGCUGUAAUGUGCCAAGCUGACCAAAUGCCAUCUGUGAGGUUGAGUAUGAAUCAGAUCAAAACAUUUUGCAUCAGAAUUAUUUUAUACACACACAGCAUUAACUGUUGAAAGCAAAAUGUUGCAGAUGCUGUUCAUUCAUUAACUGUUUGAUCAUUGUGCUGAGUUUGGUUUACAAUUUGCACCAUGUAAACAUUUAAUACCUACUAAAAUCAUCACUGUAAAGUUGUGCUGUAUGCGAUUUAAGGAGUGUUUCAGUAAAUUUGCAGAAAUACAUAUUAUCAUUUCAGAAACCGAAA